UUGAUAAUACAUCCAUGGUUGUACCUCUACGCUUCAUGAACUGAUGUCACCCUUAGCAUAGCUGCUACCAGCGUCACCAAAGCAGCAGCAGAAAACACGGUUGUAAUCAUGCUUUGGUUCGAGGGCUCGAUUCCUGAGGCCAUUAACACGGCGAAACAGCGGACUUUGGUUUUUGUCGUCGUCAUUACAGGAGAAGAUGAACAGUCAGCACAGCUGAUGUCCAGCUGGGAAGAUGAGUCUGUGUCAGAGGCGGCACUCAACCACUGUGUGGCCAUCAAACUCGAUGCCAAGAGUGAGACGUGUGUGCAGUUCUCUCAGAUCUAUCCAGUGGUGUGCGUACCCUCCAGUUUCUUUAUCGGAGAAAAUGGAAUUCCUCUGGAGGUCAUCGCUGGCAGUGUGUCUGCUGAAGAACUGAUGAAGAGAAUCCACCGAGUGAAGCAGAUGCAUGUUCAGCAGAUUAGAGGUGUGACAGUGCUGCCAGAGACAAAUACUCUUGUGGAAACCACCCCACCUAACAACACUGACACACAAUUUCCUGUGGCCACUGCUCCAGCAGUGCCCGUUAGGUCAGCAGCAGAAGCCACAGAGCCUGCAGCAGGACCUGCACAAGGACCUUUGUCCAGCCCAGUAGAUGAUGGCAGCCUCUCAGCCACAGCGAGUGCAGAAAAUGCUUCUUCAGAUGCUCCUGCUCAUAAUGCCGAGGGUGACGAGACCCUGGAUGACAAGGUGGAAAGGUUAACCAAGAAACUUGAGGAGAGACGAGAGCAAAAGAAAAAAGGAGAGGAGGAGAGUGAGAUCCAGAAAGAAAUAGAUAGACGGAAGGUUUGGAAGGACAUGCAGGACUUUAAAAAGAAACAGGAAGAUGAUAAGACCAAGCGACUCCUGGAGGAAAGGAACAGGGACAAGGCAGAGGAGAAGGCUGCCAGAGAGCGGGUCAAACUGCAGAUCGCCAUGGACCGAGCUGACAGAGCAGCUCGCUAUGCCAAAACCCAAGACGAGGAGAAGGCUGCUAAAGAGGCCAUACUAAAGGCCAGAGAAGUAGAUCAGGAGGCCAGGAAGGAGACACUGCUCAGACAGAGGAGUACUAUCGCAAGGAUACAGUUCCGCCUCCCAGAUGGCUCGUUUUUCACCAACCAGUUCCCGGCGCAGAGCACACUGCAGGAUGCUCAACACUUUGCUGCUCAGGAAGUGAGAAACCGCUACAGCAACUUUUCCCUGGCUACAAUGUUCCCUCGACGGGAGUUCACCAGUGAAGACAUGAGCAAAACUCUGCUGGAGCUGGAGCUGGUACCAAGUGCUUCCAUUGUGCUUCUGCCACAUUCAGGUCGGCCCACCAACACAGUGAUCCAGUCCUCUGAAGGAGGCAUCUGGGCUAUUCUGGGCACAAUCAUCUACCCUCUGCUGGCUGUAUGGAGAUUCCUAAGCUCCUUCCUGUUUACAACUCCACCUCCUGGACCAGCAUCUCAAGGCCCAUCUCAGCAGUCCAGUUCUUAUACCAACCCAUCAUCGUCCUCAGACAAGACAAAGAGGGAGACUCUCCCCAAGCACAGUCUGGAGAAGCAGCCCAAAGACUUCAAGAAAGAUGGUAAAAUCUGCAGUCUGAGGACUCAGGAGGACAGUGAGGACGAGAACAACACCUGGAACGGGAACUCCACCCAGCAGAUGUGAAAUGUGAAUUAAUUCAGUCCUGAGUGGUUGAUGAUUUCUGACGAUCCUUUAGUCUUUUUUUCUCUCUGUUUUACUAUGUUCCAGGCAUUUGCUCUGCAUCUCGCCUGCAUGGGCAGAUCAAUCCUAAUCCAACAGCAUAUCCUCUCUCUCGCUCUCUCUCUCUCUCUCUCUCUCUCUCUCUCUCUCUCU